CAGCACGCAAUCUGUCAUCGAGCCACAAUUGAGUGCAGAAUCCCAGCUUAACUGCAUCUUACAAAUCCUGCCAUUCUGCCAAAAUGCCAAUCACGUAGAAUCAUGGAAUUUCCGGUGCUCGCCAAUCUUAGGACCACUAUUGAUCGGCGAACCUGUCGGUGGAUGGUGACGGGUAAGAGUCAGGGGAGAUAGCCGCUACGUCCGCAGGACUCAAAUCCAUCGAUUUGAAUCAUAUCCUACUUCUUACUUAAACGUCAGAGUCCUGUCCUCUCGUAAUUACAGCCAUAUUUCUUCUUAUCACCAUCGGAUGGAACUAAGCAUGCCCUGAUAGCCUGCUUAAAGACAUUAGGAUAAACGUACCGGUCUGAGGGCAGCGCGAGACAGGAGACGUUCACCUGGCCUCCUUUGGCCAGACGUUGAGAAGCUCCGUGAAUGUUCCGCCGAAAGAGAUGGCAGUUGAAUGAUUCUGCUUCCCCUGCCGAAUCAAAACCUCCGUCGCAGCCAUGGGAUGUUCCCGGCACAGUGAAACUUCCCAUUUUCUUUCUCCGUCUACGUUUCCUCGUCUGUCUUGUUGUCCUUGCACUAGUCUUUACCGUCAUUCUGGUUGUUCUGGCCGUGACCAAUGUCUUCGAUGGAACCGAGGAGCAGAUCCCGACGGUGACAGUGCGGAAUGGUACCGUUGAGGGUGUAUACCUGAAGGGAUAUGAUCAGGAUCAAUACCUGGGGGUUCCAUAUGCCGCUGCCCCUGUUGAUGACCUCCGAUUUCGCAAUCCGCAGCCUCUCGCUGAGGGAUGGGGACCCGAGUCGUUUAAAGCAAGGGAACACCAGAAAGCAUGCAUCGGCUACACCCAAGGGUCUCUGGACCAGUCCGAAGACUGUCUCUACCUCAACAUCGUACGAACUAGAACAUGCCAGGGCGGUUGUCCGGUCGUGGUGUGGAUCCAUGGCGGAGCGUAUACCAGCGGCAGCCCGACGGACCCGCAAUACGACAUGAGUUUCAUAGCGCAUCAAGCCGACAGAAUCGGGAAGCCCAUGAUUGCGGUGUCCAUCGCCUACCGUCUCAGUGUCUGGGGGUUUCUGUUCUCGAACCAGACGAUCGAAAGCGGAGAUACGAACAUGGGCCUCCGUGACCAGCGCUUGGCGCUUCGAUGGGUCCAGGAGAAUAUCGCCGCGUUCGGGGGAGAUCCGAGUAAGAUUACUCUUAUGGGUGAAUCGGCAGGCGCGUCGUCAGUUGGCUAUCAUUUGACGGCUUAUGGUGGUCAAGAUGAGAAGCUGUUCCGGGCUGCGAUUAUGCAGAGCGGGUCACCUAUUUUCUAUGGCUCAAUCAACGACAUAGAGACGCAGCAAAUAUUAUACGACGACCUUGCGAAUCAAACAGGUUGCGGACUUGCGCUCGAUAGUCUGCGAUGUCUCCGCGAGCAACCUUUCGAGCGGAUCGAUGGCGUUGUUCGAAAUAAUGCGACGCUUUGGCUCUCAUGGAACCCAGCCAUCGAUGGAGACUUCAUACAAAACCACACCUCCACCCAGCUUUCCGAGGGUGCGUUUGUCCGAGUUCCGAUCCUGACUGGCGUCAACGCAGACGAAGGCACAGGAUUCACACCGUAUGGGAUCUACGACGAUGCGGAUUUCUUCUACGCUCUGACAAACAAAACCUAUGUUCAAGGCGUAUCUGAGGCCUUGGCAACGGAACUCGGCAGAAUAUAUGCGGACGAUCUAUCCCAGAACAUCCCGGCGACUGCCGGGACAUAUCGACCCCCUUAUCCCCAGGGGAACCAAUGGCGAAGAGCCGCAACCUACUUCGGAGACGCGACGUUCCACGCGAACAAGCGUUUAACUUGCCAGGCGUGGGCCUCUCACGAGGUUCCCGCCUACUGCUACCUCUUCGAUGCGUUACCGAACGCCUCCACUGAAGAUAUAAUGGGGGUCGCCCACUUUGUAGAAGUGCCAUAUGUGUUCUACAACCUCCAGGGCAAAGGGCAUGAGGGCGGCCCCAGGCCGUUCGACCAUAGCGGGGCGCGAUAUCUGGAGUUGGCUCGGUUGAUGUGUCACUCAUGGGUCAGUUUUAUAGAUACGAUGGACCCGAACGGCUUCCGGCAGGAUGGAGGUGAAUUUAGCGAUUUGGAAGCCUGGCCGCGCUAUGGCACUGAUGGACGGAACUUCGUCUUUACAGCGGAGCGGCCGUGUCGGGCGGAGUUGGAUGAUUAUAGAGCGGACGGAAUUGCGUUGAUCAAUGAGGAUCCAGCGAAUACAUAUAAUAGAUAAGGUUUAGACGAAUUUUAGACAAUAAUUAG